AUGCGUCUUUUACUUGCUGCACUUGGGCUAUUUGUAGUUUAUGUAGCUGCACAAGACAUUGUAGUUGGAGAGGUCGAGACUAAGCCAGACGUUGCCGAAACCCAAGUCGCUACCGAACCCCUUGUUAAGACAGCUCCCGCCGAAACCGAUAAGGACCUAGUUGUUGCCGAACCCGAAACCACAGUUGUACGAUCGAAGCGAGCCCCAGACUUGUUUGCACUCCUGAAACCGAAGAAAAGCAAAAACAACAAAAAGCGAAAUGCCAGGCUUGCCAAGGCUCGUCGCAAUCGUCGUCUUAGCCGCAAGCGCCGUGCUCACCGUAUCCGCCACCGUCGCAACCAGAAGAGAGCCGCACACAAACGCGCAUCCGUCAGAAGACGUUUCCGCGCUGCGCUCCGCCGUUCCCAUGCCAGACGCGCCGCACACGCUCGCCGACGUCAUCGUGCUCUGCAGAAGGCGAAAAAUGGCGGAAAGCCAAAAGAUGGACCCAAGAAGCCAAAAGAUGGACACAAGAAGGGAAAGAAGGGCGGCCAUAAGAAGUCCGGAUCCAAGAAGAAUUCCAAAUCUACGGAGAAGGAAUCCGAUAAGUCCGAGUCCGGAUCCAAGAAGAAUUCCAAAUCCACGGAGAAGGAAUCCGAUAAGUCCGAUAAGAAAUCCGAAGAGACUCAAUCUGAAUAAUGCGC